CUGGGAGGGCUGCCAUUAUUGAUAUAUUUCCCUUUUCUGGCCACCAGGGGAGCUCAACAGGCAUGGGGGCGCGGUUUGUAGUGGUUGUGGCUGCAGCUAGGUAAUAUUCCACUUUAGUUUCAAAACUCGCCUGAACCCUGACAGUAGUAUGAACUCUCCUCCUAAAAUCACCGAGAUGGUUUUCUCGUGCUCAGCGAUGGGCUGCACGAACCGCCAGGGGGAAUACCCAAAUCUGAGUUUUCAUCGUUUCCCGAAGAACGACCGAGAACGGAGGUCCAAAUGGACAGCAGCAAUCCGCAGGAAGUACUGGGAGCCCGGGCCAUAUGCCAGGGUCUGUGGCGAGCAUUUCAUCCUGGGGAAAAGAAGUGAUGAUCCCAAUCACCCCGACUACGUGCCAAGUAUAUUCAGCUUCUCUUCCCCUUCUGCUCGAGCUCAGGCUUUAAAAACGAAGGAGAACCAUUUGAAACAGUUGGAAAUGAAGGAGAAAAAGCCGAGCGACACUGAAGAAAAGGUAGUUCCAUUGGCUGAAGCUGACGCCACAGAGGCCACGGAUCACAAGCCACCUUGUGCGCUCUACUUUACCAAAGUCACGCAUCAGAACCCAGCUUCUGAUGUUCCAGAACCCACUGCUCUUCCAAAGCAGCAUCACAGCUCAGAGUUCAGAGCUGACGCCAAAGAAGCUGUGCCUCAGAUCCCAGCUUUUACACUCUUCAUAACAAACGUCCUUCAACAGAACCCUGGUAUCGCUGCUCUUCCAAAACAGCAGCCCAGCUCAAAUGUCACGGCUGAGGUUGCAGAUUGUGGUCAUCGUAACCCACCUUCUAAUGUGCCUGAUACCCUUGCACUUCUAGACUGGCAUCACAGUGUUCCUGGACUUGGGCACCAAAACCCAACCCUUAAAGUCUAUGCUUCCACUGGUCUUCAGGACCAACAUCACAGCCCAGAAUCCAGAGUUGAUGUUUCAGAACUCAUACAUCAGUGUCCUCAGAUUAAAGCUGAGCCUUCAGAACACGAGCAUCAAAUCUCAAAACUUGCGGUUCUCAAAAUGGAGGUGCAGGCAGACGAGGCCCUCAGUGGUAUAGUGGACGUACACAAACUGGUGCAGUCUUUAAAUACAGAGUGCCAGUUCCUGAAGGACAAAGUUUGUGAGCUAGAGACAAAGUUGAAACACCAAACGUUUCAGAUUUCACUUACCAGUGAUGCUAAAGUGGAAUACUUCACGGGACUUCCUAACAAGCGGAUGUACGAGUUGUUAUUAACUUACGUCUCAUCUGUUUUUCCUUCGUCUUGUUCUCUUGAGCCCUCACAAGAGCUGCUCAUGACACUUAUAAAGCUGCGCCUCAAUCUGACGGAUGAAUUGUUGGGUCACCUCUUUGGGACUGAACAGUCGACCGUAUCAACCAUCUUCCAGCGAUGGGUAAAAGUGGUGGCGGACAGGCUUCAGUCCCUUGUGCUGUGGCCCGACAGAGAGGAGUUCAGACGCAGCUUGCCAAAAUGCUAUCAGUCCAAAUUUAAAAACUGUGUCAGCAUUGCACACUGCCUUGAGGUCCUGGUAGAACCUGGAGCUGAAACACAUACCAGUGACAAGGAGCAUAACACGGUGAAAUUUCUCAUCUCCAUCACUCCCGAAGGAACCAUCUCUUUUGUGUCCAAACCUUCGAAGGACUGUAUCUCGAACAGAGUCCUCCUUGAAAACGUUGAGUUUCUUCAGAACCUGCAGCCUAGAGACUUGGUUCUGCCUGCUUGGGGUUUCGAGGCCAAUGAUCGUGGUGGCCUGUUCUGUGCAGAGGUGGAAACAUCUCUAACCGGAGGAAGUGUGAAGUGGUUCAACUUCAGAUAUGUUGCAUCAUCAGAGGAAAACGUUCAAGUGAAGGCUCACGUGAAGAGACUGAUUGGGAUGUUGAGACAGAAAUACCCCAUCCUGGGAUCAACUGUACCUCUUGGCUUGGCGAAACAGAUUGUCGUCAUAUGUAGUGCGCUUUGUAAUUUGUGUGAAACUUUUGCUUCAGGAUGAGUGAUGCGUAGUCUGUCUCUGUGAGACGGUUCUGGGUUUAAUAUGAGGACAUGUGUGGAGUACGGACAUUCAGGGACUUGGUGAGUCUAAAUUGAUGCAAGCAGGGACUGAGUGAAUGGGUAUGUAUGAAUGUCAAAGUAUUGAUUCAUUUUUAAGGAAACUGACAAUAUUCAUAAGCCUUAAAGUAGAAAUUUGGUUUUAUUUUAAAUUUGGGAGUCGGGUCGCGGGGGCAGCAGCCUGAGUCGAGAGGCCCAGACUUCCCUCUCCCCAGCCACUUGGGCCAGUUCCUCCGGGGAAUCCCAAGACAUUACCUGGCCAGGUGAGAGACAUAGUCCCUCCACCGUGUCCUGGGUCUACCUUUAGGUCUUCUCCCGGUUGGACGUGCCCGGAAAACCUCACCAGGGAGGCGUCCAGGAGGCAUCCUGACCAGAUGCCCGAGCCACCUCAACUGGCUCCUCUUGAUGUGGAGGAGCAGCGAAUCUACUCCGAGCCCCUCCCGGAUGACUGAGCUUCUCACCCUAUCUCUAACCCCGGGUUUCCACAGGAGCCGUCAGCAGCACGUUACUGCAGCAGCACGUCUUGCUCGCGUAAGCUGCUGCUUGGCCCUUCCCACGAGACGCGAAGCAGCAGGGGAGCAGCUGUCACCGACAGAGCACAAAGUCACACGAGUGACUUCGUCAGUAAACACAACAACAAGCAGGAGAAAAUUACAACAUGGUUCGUGUUUUAUGUUCUGUCCGUUUUAUAAUCGCCAAUACGGACCUGAAAAACAAAGGAGACCGCUAGCUAGGUGAUAACUUCUCACGGGGCCGCACAGUUAGUAACCUUUUUUAAAAGUAAAGCAACCGGAAAGCAGUACGUUCUUUAUUCUGAAAAUCUCGGUAGCUUCGCUCCAUUUCUGCGUCCGAUUUCCUGUCUUUCCUUCCCUAAAAAUGUCGAACUUGACCCGUUUCAGAGGCGUCGCGCGUAGAAAAUAGAACCGGCGCGUAAAGGCUGCGACAUGCUGCUCCUGAGACGCGGCCGACUCGCGCUGCUGACGGCUCCAGUGGAAAAGGUUCCGUUGACCACAGCGGUUCCUAUCAGCAGCUAUGACGUGCUGCUGCAGUAACGUGCUGCUGACGGCUCCUGUGGAAAGCCGGGGUAAGGGAGAGCCCAGCCACUCUGCGGAGAAAAUUUGGGAAACAAAUUGUUAAAAUUCAAAUAAGCUUUUUUUCUUUUACUUUGCGUGUUUGAUCACCCCGUGCCUCGGUUUCCUGUUAUCCACAAAGUCACUCGCUGAACUGUAAGUAUUUGUUUUUACAGUGCAUCUAACAUGCUUCUAAAACAGUUCAAUUGUUUGAAUCAACAGCACUUCAGAUAUGGAAUUCAUACUAAUUUUAUCUAGAAUUGGUUCUAUUUUUGUCUGUUUUUAAGAUUUCGUGACACGUUCCUGUUUUACUAGCGACCAUGCUGUGGAUACAAAUAAGUUUCUGUAUACGUGUUUAAUGUUAGAGCUGCAAUUUGAUCAAAUAAAUUCUCUACUACUCAUUACAAACAUGCAAACUUUUCAUUCACCUCUUAACUAUACUUUAAACACAAUCAUUUGGUUUGUUUACCAUUGUAAUUCUGCCAUCUAUUGCAUGUACAAUGCUCUUCACGUUGGCACAGUAGUUUUUUUUACCAUCUUGUUUUUGCACAGCAACUGAGGCUCAGCUUUAAUAGAUCGUAAGCAUGAUAACUCCAAAAUGCUGGAGCCAAGAGUUUGUAAACAUGGUGGCUCUCCCUGAUUUAUUAAUAAUGCAGAGCCUGAUAUAUGCCUGAUAUAUAUAUAGAGAUGGCUGUGGUUAAAUACAAAUCUUUGAUCCUUUUAUUUCGUUAACUCCUACACACAAUUUCAGGGGUUGUAAACAAAUAUAACUCAAAAAAAUAAUCAAGAUGUCCCCAAUCUGGCCCAAGAAUGCCUCGGGGUCCUGGUGGAGGUGGCCGUGGAGAGGGCAGUCUGGGGUGUCCUACUUGAGACGCCCCACGACCCAGACCCGGAUAAUUGGAGGGAAACAAACGAACUAGGGCAGCACGUUUUAAAGGUUUUUUUGUGCUGUUUAUUGAAAAAAAAUUAGGCUUUAUGUUUGAUUAUUUGGUGAAACUUGGCUUACAAUUAGAUAUUCUGGAUUGACUACACAUUUUACCAGGUCAAUAAUAUAAGAGGGAUU